AUGUACUCGAACAUUUGUGGUACCCGAUGCGGUGGCUAUUCCGUUCAAGUUGCUGUCAACGAAUCAGACGUACGAAACCUGUAUAUACCUCCGUACUCUUGUCCCACGUCGGACGAUCCAAAUUCGCUGACGCAGUGCUGUGAGCCGCUACAGUACCGCUGCUGUGCUGCUAGAAAACGUCAGUUCUUCGAGAUCGAUCAGUCGCUAGGUGUCGGGAUUGCGGUCACCGUCGUUUUGCUUGCCACGCUGCUCAUUGUUGUCUUGAUUACCUGCUGUUGUUGGGAACGUUGUCCACUCUAUCUCAUCUGUCGCGCUGAGGCAAAGCCUGAUUAUCUAGGUGCCUAUAGCCAACGUUGUUAA